AUCUUUUUUUGAUACGUAACGCGCGUGUUAUACGUAACCUGUGUUUCUAGAACACGAUCGAGGCAAAUUUGAGAGAGAUUUGCAUUUCGCGAGAAAAUAUUUGUGAAACGUGACCGCAGAAUUUUGAUAUGUCUUUGUCGCAAGAUUAAGAUUUAUAUUGUUGUUGUUAUUAUUAUUUUCGUAUUUUAAGGUGUUGGGUCCGGUCUCGGGAUGUCACGUGAAUCCAGCUGUAUCGGUGGGCCUUUUAGUGAGCGGAAACUGCAGCUUUCUAAAGACGGUGUGCUACAUUGUUUGUCAGUGUUGUGGUGCAAUCGCGGGUUCGGGAGUUUUGAAGUUAUUGAUCCCUAAGGAAGCGAUCGGUCAGGGUUUAGGCGCCACGGGAUUGGGGGAAAUGGUGAGCGAGAGCCAGGGCAUCUUCAUGGAAGCGAUAAUCACGUUCCUUCUGCUUCUGGUUGUCCACGCGGUCACAGAUCCGAAGAGGAGCGAUACGAAGGGAUGGGCACCGUUGGCGAUCGGGUUGACGAUCACCGUUUCCCACAUGGCAGCUGUGCCAGUGACGGGAAGCAGCAUGAAUCCGGCCAGAACGUUGGGUCCCGCUGUCAUACUUGGCCAGUGGAAGAAUCUGUGGGUCUAUUGGAUCGGGCCGAUGAUCGGCGCCUGCGCGGCCGGUGGAUUGUACAAGAUGGCGUUCAGGCGUAAAAAGGAGGACGACGAGGCUUCCUACGAUUUUUAAAUUUUCUCGAGUAGAAUUUGUGAAUGUAUGAAUACGUCGUUUUUUUUUUGCGACGAUAUGCGUUGUUUGUUGUUUUCUUUUUUGUUUUUUUUUUUUUUUUUUUUGAUUUUCACUUCGAAAUCAACGAGUAACGAGUAUUUUUGUAAUAAGAUAUCUUGUUUUGAAUUGGAAGGAUAUGUAAUGUUUUGGUUUAGAUUAACAAAACUCUCUCUCUCUCU